UAUGUUCACCGGAAGUUUACUAAUCGUCAUGAAAAGAUGAACACGUCAAAACAGCUGGAGAGAAGAGACAGUUGAUAGACUGACUGGGGGUCAGAAUGCAGUCAAAUACACGUGAUGGUCAACAGAAGGGCGGUAUUGUCGAUACCUGGUGGUAUAAGUAUCUCCUAAGCGGCGUAGGGACACUUGGGGGAUUGUUGGCCAUAUUGUUUGGUUUGGUGGCUUGUAUCACUUUUACAGCAAUGUGCUUACUAGCAGGGGUACUUCAAAUGGUAGCUGGUUUUGUGGUGGUUCUACUUGAGGCUCCAUGCUGCUGCCAAUUUGUGGAAUUUGCAGAUAAAAUCAGUUCAUUCUCAGAUAAACGGCCUCCCUGGCAAAAAGCUGUUUUAUAUUGUCUACUUGGUCUGGUGCCUAUAGCAUCAUGUAUAGAAGCCUGGACAAUCUUAGGAGCGGGUCUCGUAUUUAUAGCAGGAGCAUUAUAUGGAUUGAAAGCAAUUGGUAAAAAGGGUGACAGGGAAUCUAUGAUGGCUGUAGCAAGUGGAGCAGACCUUGAAAUGAAAGUCCAGUUAAUAGACAAUGAGGAAAAGACAGAAUUACCUAACUCCGCAGUUCUGUGACAAAAAGUCUCAUUACAAAAGUUAUCUUGACAAAGUGUUACACAUGCAUGUAUGGGCAUUCAGAUUUCAGGAUAACGGAUUUAUCCCUCUACAGCAACUGAAAUAAUUCUGGAUUACAGCCAAACUCGGCAUCCACACAGAGAAUCCUAAGGGACAUGUAUCGUAAUUCGUUGGAAAUGUUUAUAUGAAGGGAGCUAAAUCAAUUACUAAAUUGAAGUUCUAGGGAACAAAUUUGUAUUAUUUUGCCGUCACACAUUUAUAGCGUGAAUAGCUUGACACAUUUUUGUUUUUCAAAACUACUUGUCUUAUUUCAGUCAAACGUCAGAAGACAGAACUUUGGAAAAUUUAAGUUUUAAAGAAAUAUACAUCCAUGUCCCUAUACAGAUAGACAGAAUAAAGAGUUGGGAGUGGAUUAAAAUGCUGAAACAUUUACAUGUGAUUUAUUUAUAGCAGAGGUUAUUUGUUAUUAACGUUUGCGUGGUAUUUCUCUGUGAAAAGGGAUACACUUAAUGGUGGGUCAUUGAUAAUUGUUAGAUGAAAUUUAUAUUUAUUUUGUUGAUAGAGUUUUAAGUGCAAUGAUAUUAAACAUUUUAUUUGAAUUAU